GGCCGUGUCAGUCGAGCCGCGACCGUGGAACAGUGAACAUUGCGAUAUACCGUUAUUAUUUUCCGUUCGAGUGAUCACGAUCGUCGCGAGGUUCGUUCGUUUUCAUUUUUGUUGGUUGUUGUAAAGUCACGUCGAGGGUAUGAUGGCCAGUAACAGAGCUGCCAAGUCGGGUUUCGCGGCUGAAGCCCAGAGGAAGAUAAACAGUAAAUAUAGCGAGGAACUGGCACAGGAAUGUUUGGAAUGGAUCAAGACGAUCACGGGCGAAAAUAUAAACACCAACGGGGACAUGGACAACUUCUACGACAUCCUAAAGGAUGGAGUACUUCUUUGCCAAUUAGUAAACGAUAUCAAGGAGGGCUCGGUGAAGAAAAUUAACAAAACCAGUCUCGCUUUCAAGUGUAUGGAAAAUAUAAAUGCCUUCCUCGAGGCCGCGAGGGCGCUGGGCGUCCCGGCGCAAGAGACGUUCCAGACUGUCGAUCUCUGGGAAAGACAAAAUCUUAAUUCCGUAGUGAUUUGCUUGCAGUCUCUCGGUAGAAAGGCGGGUAACUAUGGGAAACCAAGUAUCGGACCAAAAGAGGCAGACAAAAAUGUACGUAAUUUUACCGAGGAUCAAUUAAGAGCUGGACAGGGUGUGAUAAGUCUACAAUAUGGCAGCAACAAGGGUGCUAAUCAAAGUGGAAUUAAUUUUGGGAACACUAGACAUAUGUAAACACAUCUAUCGUAACGUCAUCCGAAAUAAUUCCAAUUCCUUGUCGUGGUCCAAAUUAUUCAAGAUGGCGCACAAAAUAGAUCCUCGCGCAUGGACGAUGAACCAGAUGACUUCAUAUGCAUUUACAUUAGGAGAUAGUAAAAUACGCGCAUACCGUUGGGUAUGUUAUAAGAUUUCUUUUGUACUGUUUUGACAAAAUGAGCAAUCUCAAUGUUACACAUCUGUGCUUAAACCGAACAUUUUAAACGUACGUCUCGUAUUAAAAAUACGUAUAUCGCUGUUGAAUCGUGAACGAUUGAAAAUGUGAUUCGCUCUUUGAAAAAGGAACCAAUUUAUUUGCAAAUGUAAGAAUAACGUUACAUUAUGCCGCUAGCAAAGAUUGGACAAUGUGACUCCGUAUUUGUUAAAUAUUACAUAUAGAUUAUAAAACAGAGAUACUGGUGCAGCUAGGUACUCUGUUACUGUUACUGUAAAACCCUAUACGAGUUACAGUGUAACCAAAUUAUACUUUAAAAAAUUCAUGUUGCACGUGAGAUGAUAACUAUUAUAAUUAUUGUAUAAUGAUAAAUGAUAUAUAAUUAUAUUAAGUAUUUUGUACAAAUAUUUUUUGAUGAUUAUAAAAAUAAUUUUUCAUAAUGUAUUGAUGAUAUGAGUUAAUAAACCAACCCACG